CGGAGAGCCCACGAAAAGUAGAGUUGGCACAGAUGCGCUGUGAGAAACAGAACAGAGCAGAUGUGAGUUUGGGUGUGAGCGCGCAGACCUACUGACACAGAGAGGCUUCCCCGGAGCGCAGAUUGAACGCGGAGCUGAGAGGGAGCGCACGUCCGUCCCUGCGCUCCACAGCUGCUGCGCUCCAGAUGCGCAGAGGAGGAUGUAGGAGCAGGGCGGCGAUGAUGACUGCAGACUCUUAGACCUCGCCACAUAAACUACCAGCUCCCCCCUACUGUGCUCACCGGCCACCUCAGAGCGUGAAUGGACUCCCGGCUCCAGAUUGAACCGGGGAUCCCCACACUGGACCCCUCCGCUCGCGCGCCCUGGAAUAUCAGCUCCAUCACUCGGCAUCGGCUCAUGGAGCUGUCCCCGGCGGCAACAGUUGGUUCAGUGGUUCCUGGUAAUCCUUUUCCGACAGUAGACGUCCCUGACCACGCCCACUAUACCAUUGGUGUUGUUAUCCUCGCUGUGGGCAUCACAGGCAUGGUGGGAAACUUCCUUGUCAUUUAUGCUUUUAGCAGGAGUCGGAGCCUGCGGACACCAUCCAACAUCUUCAUUAUUAAUCUGGCAGUGACAGACUUCCUCAUGUGUCUCACCCAGACUCCCAUCUUCUUCAUCACCAGCAUGCACAAACAUUGGAUUUUUGGAAAGAAAGGCUGUGAGCUGUACGCCUUCUGCGGCGCUCUGUUUGGUAUCUGCAGCAUGAUGACCCUGAUGGUGAUCGCCGUGGAUCGAUGCGUGGUCAUCACCAGGCCUUUGGCCUCUCUGGGAGCGAUGUCUAACAAGAAAGCCUUGAGCUUUGUGGCUGCUGCCUGGGUCUACUCCAUGGGCUGGAGUCUGCCUCCUUUCUUUGGCUGGAGUGCCUACGUUCCUGAGGGUCUGAUGACGUCUUGUUCCUGGGACUACAUGACCUUCACUCCAUCAGUGCGCUCCUACACCAUGCUGCUGUUCACCUUCGUGUUCUUCAUCCCCCUUUUCAUCAUCAUCUUCUGUUACUGCCGCAUCUUCAGGGCCAUCCGACACACAACGCGAGCGAUAGCAAAGAUCAACUGUGAAGGGACCAGAGACUCGGCAAAGAAGUUCCACAAAAUGAGGAGUGAAUGGAAGAUGGCUAAGAUUGCCCUGAUCGUCAUCCUGCUUUUUAUCAUCUCCUGGGCCCCGUACUCCUGCGCGGCGCUCACUGCAUUUGCAGGGUACGCUGACUUGCUGACUCCCUACAUGAACUCUGUUCCCGCUGUGAUCGCCAAGGCGUCCGCUAUCCACAACCCCAUCAUUUAUGCCAUAACGCAUCCCAAAUACAGGUCAGCGAUCAGCAGAUACGUUCCCUACCUCGGCGUGCUGCUGUGUGUCACUGGAAGGGAGCGUUACAGCAGCAGCAGCAUUCACUCCAUGCGCCGAUCAACCCUGACCAGCCAGUCCGAGUGCCGAGGCCACAGCAGGCCCCACACCUCCUCCCAGUCUGAGAGUGAUUCAGCACACUUCUCAGACACGGAGGACGACUGCUCUUCCCGGACACCUGCCAGCCGUCAAUUGUCCGUCGAUGUCAAACAGGUGCGCCGUGCCAGCCAGAGGUCAAAGACUCUGACAGAGCCUGAAGACAUCUGCUUGUCCAACAUCAGUCUACAGCCAACCAGCCAUCUCCCUGCUGCUCUGGAUAACGUGCUGAGGGAGUCGGGGUCAAGGUCUGGGUGCAGGGCCUCGACGUCCAUCAUCGUCACCUCCAUAUCCAGCCCCUCCAUACUGCAUAGUCCACCUGGUUUCCACGGCAACCUCAAAUUGGCCAAAUCCUCCAGUCCCGUCUGCAAAGAGUUACUUGACAUAGCGAGGCUAGAGACGACGGCGCUACCGUGAACAGCCAGACAGAAGUACAGUGUUGUGAAAUAUCUUCUACCAGCAUGCCGUUCACUGAUUUACUCCUUUUUUAUUUUGUUGCAUGCACUGUGUUUGUGUGUGAGCGUGGAUGCCCAGAACAAAGUCGGUGUGUGUUGGUGUUUGCACAGAGGCCGUGUGUGUUUGACCUUUUCUGACAUAUCAUAGUGGCUGGAGAUGGUUUACCUCAGAGCUGGAAGAAACUAUUAGCCUUACAAAACUGUUCAGGGCUUGAGUUUAGUCACAUUUCAGUAUCUUUUAACCCACUCGAAAUAACAGCAAGCUUUAGACAAACCUUUAUUUUAAGCCAAAUUCUGAAAAAUCAAAUGGUUUCUGUUGCUGUUGGAGACCAAAAGCAUGAUAAUUAUAACUCCAGAACUGUGACUUGUUGGUAAAGGUUUUGUGGCCUAAAGAUCCAAUCCAGACAUAAAAAUUACAAUUUUAUUUAAAAUUUUAAAUAAAAAAAUGUAUAGCGGUUAAAAAAAAAAUCAUUGAUUUUCUAUAUAUCAAUUGAACUAUUAUUGGUUCAAGUCUGGAUUAUUACAUUAGUUGGGGAGCAAAAGGUCACUUUAAUAUAUUAAAAGGUGCUUUCUCAUCCCUUUUUUUCCCUUUACCUUCCAGUUUGGGGAUCACAUUACACAUAAGAAAUUUAAUAUCUGUAAAAAUCCUCAUAAAUCAAAUUAGGGAAGAAAAAUGUUGGUGUAAUGGUCGUUAUUUACCAAAUUGGGAACUUGGAUAGUUUUUGAGUCCAUACUGCUUUCUCUUUGUGUGAAGUACCUUAUUUUAUACUCGGUGGUUUAACUGAACAAUGGUAUUUUGAUGCUGUGACCUUGUAACCUUAAAAGAAAAGCUUGUGUACAAAGGAUUUUCUUUUAUUUUAGCUGUUUAAUGAAAAUUCACCGAUCUAAGCUGAAUCGUAAAUGUCAUCCUUGCGUUAAAUGUUUGUUUUACUGAACUUUUCGCUCUCAGAAUUAGGCCUGCACAUAUUUGAAGUCUUGAGCGAAAAUUAGAGCCUGCAUUAUGUUUUUGAUAUUAAUAUUUAAGAACAAAAAACUGUUUUAUUUUUGCUUUUUGGGAUGUUUUUACUCAUUAUGCCGUUUCUUCAGUUGAAGGAAAUGAAUGUGUUUUAAAGCCACGCCCAUCAAAGGUGCCGUCUUACUCUAACACGCAUUAUUAGCCAAACGCAUUGACUGUACGUGAGAAGUGGACUGACUCCUUCCCCCUGGUGUUUCAAACAGGAAGUAGCCACUAGCUCCAAGAAGCCAAAAAUCCAAAGACUUCUAUAGAAAAAUAAACAUAUUAUUCUCCUAUCAGAUGUCUCAGUAAAAGGAUCUAGCUUCACGUUGAAUAUUUGAAUCGUUUGAUUGACAGAUUUCAUGCAGCCCGCUUUCAAGUGGUAGGGGUAUGGAACAUUAACUGUAUAUAGAAAACUGGACAAAGCAAGUGUGACGUCACCUAAAGAAAAUGCCUUAUUUCAGGCUCCAGCAAAAUAAAGCUAAUUCAGUUGACAUUUUUCAGUGAUAUGGACUUUCCCAUGUUGGAGCCAGACGACAGUGAUUGGUCAGUCAGUCUGAGUCAACGUUUCUAUGACAACCACAGUCGCCAAUCAUGACUGAGUUCGUUGGAAGUCCACACACCUUCCAUUGAAAGUGCCUUGGAAAAAUCUGUCAAUAAGAUGUUUGAGGUGGGGGCCAGCGGGCAGCACAUGCUUUUACUGAGACGUCUGAUUGGUCAGUUUAUGACAUGAAU